UCUAUAUAUCUUCUUCAUCUCCUCUCUCUCUCUACUUCGCUCCACGUUUUUUUGUUAAUUCACAGACGGCGGAGAGUAAUCAAUCUCUCGGAAAAGGGAUAAAGGGGAAGUGUUUCUUUGAUUCAUGGAUGGUUGUGCGGGUAAACGUUCGGUUGACCGGUUUGUUGUGCCUCGGAAAGCUAGUGGUCUUGUUCUGCGUGAGAAUAUGAACAAGAAAGAUGGUAAGACUGCUCCUUUCUGCAGCAGGAUUGGUUGUAAUGCAAAGGUAACUUCUUCCACCAAGAGAACCCGGAUUGGUUCCUUGGACAACAAUACAAAAGUUGGUCAGCUUCCGGUUCCGUCUUCGUCAAAUGGAAAGGAAAUCAUUGGGAGUUCAUCUCGAACUCCGGUUGGAUUUGGAUACUUGAGGAAGCCAACCAAAGUUACUGCCAAAAGACUGCCGUCAUCUAAUUUAGACACAGAAUCUUCAGAGACGAGCACUGUUCAUGAUGAUCCAGCUGCAGCAGAGGCCACCCUUCCGCGCCCAAAGACUAAAAGAUGCACAACCAAUGUUCAUUCUCAAAGCGCUGUCUCUGGAGAAGUUGGAAUGACAAAGGCAGGAAGCUCAAGUAGGGGUAGAAGUAGUCAUCAAAAAUCUGAAUUGGGAACCAGAGAUACUCUGACGGGUCUUUGUGUUUCUUCACCUUCGAGUAACAGCGAGCACACUGUAAGAGGCGGUCUGAGCAAGAAUAGAUUGAGGAGCUUGAGUUGCAACUCUGUGUCAGAUGUUCUUCCAAGCAACUCAAGCUCGGGAACAAAAAUCAGUGUGAGUCAAAAGAAAAAAUCUGGUGGAGAGAGCAGCUCCUCUAGCAAAGACAAUAAGACUAACGUGUUGGUGCCAAAGGUAAGGAAUCAAAAUUCUUCUCAUGGCAAUGGCAUCAGAGUUUCUGAAAACGUGUUGAGUUGCGACUCUGUGUCAAAUGUUCUUCCAAGUAACUCAAGCUCGGCAACAAAAAUCAGUGUGGCUAAAAAGAAAAAAUCUGGUGGAGAGAGCUCCUCUAGCAAAGGUAAUAAGACUAACGUGUUGGUGCCAAAGGUAAGGAAUCAAAAUUCUUCUCAUGGCAGUGGCAUCGUAGUUUCUGAUAACAGAAGGAAUCGGAUUGUACCAAGUAUUAGGGACAACAGUGUUGUUUCAAGUAGUGGUAGAAGAUCAGAGCGACUUGAAGCUGUUGCAUCCUCUGCUACUUCUCGACAAACGCCUUUUCCUGCUACACCAACCGAUCCCAAUCCUUCUUUUUCACUUAGUCCCUCAAAUAGAUACAGUAGGCCAAACAGUAGUACUGGCAGCUUACGUAGAAUGAUGCCUGGUAGCCCCUCAGAAGCUGAUCGUUCACACUCUUUGGUGAACCAGGAUGGUUUAAGUCACUACAACAUGAAUGGAAUUGCAGAGGUAUUGUUGGCCCUGGAAAGGAUUGAACAUGAUGAAGAACUUACAUACGAGCAAUUGGCUUCUUUAGAGACCAAUUUAUUUUCUAGUAGCAUGUUCAGAUUCUAUGAUCAGCAUAGAGAUAUGAGGCUUGACAUCGAUAACAUGUCAUAUGAGGAACUAUUAGCUUUGGGGGAUAAAAUGGGUACAGUGAGCACAGCUCUAAGCGAAGAAGCACUCUCGAGAAGCCUCAAGCAAAGCAUUUAUCAGGGGACAGAUGAAACCGGUGCCAUUUCUCUGGUUAAGGAUGAUGAUAUCAAGUGCAGUAUUUGCCAGGAAGAAUAUGUUGAUGGAGAUGAAGUAGGGACUAUGCCAUGUCAACACAUGUACCAUGUGAGCUGUGUGCAACAAUGGCUGCGGAUGAAGAAUUGGUGCCCAAUCUGCAAAACCUCUGCGGAAGAGGAGAAGUCGGUGUAGUGAUAAUACCUAAUUGUCAAUAGCAACCUUUAGCUUUGUGGGAUGAUUCCAAGAUGAUGCAGAUACAUUGUUUUCUAUUCACCAAGUGUUUGUCUCUACAUCAUCUUGCUCCUCUCUCUCUCUCUCUCUCUUUUCUCUUGUACAUAUGACAAUAUCUUUCUUUUGACUCAAUUGGGGUACAAAUGGGUAAAUAAGAUCACAUUACAGUUUCCUUCUCAA